AUGAGAAUUCUGUUAGCGACUCUGUUAUUCUGUUUAACAGUCCAUUAUAAUGACGCUCAGUCCACAACAUAUCAGCAACCCACUUAUACCUACGGCUACCCACAGGGUAUCAGCUAUAUAGCUCCCACUGGGUACACAACGGGUUACCCAACUCAAAGCUAUCCAACUCAAGGCUACCCAACUACAGGAUACCAAACCACUGGCUACCCAACUACAGGGUACCCCGUAAUAGGUUACCCAAGCACAGGAUACCCAAGCACAGGUUACCCAACUACCAGCUACCCAACCACAGGUUACCCAACCACAGGUUACCCAACCCCGGGAUACCCGACUACUGGAUACCCACAAGUUCCUUAUUAUGGAUACCCAUAUGGAUAUCCUACUGGAGGCAAUGGUGGCGGAUAUGGAGGUAAUGGUGGCGGAUAUGGAGGUGGUGGUUCAGGAGAUUCUGGAGGAUGGUCAGGUAACGAUUCUGGCGAUUGGUCCGAUAAUGGUUCAGGUGGAUGGUCUGGCAAUGGUUCAGGAGGAUGGUCUGGUGGUGAUUCAGGAGGAUGGAGUGGCGAUGGAGGAUCUGGAUCAGGUUCUUGGUCUUAA